AUGGGUCAUUACGCAACAGUUUGGGAUCAUAAAGCAGCUACUGAGAUAAUAAAAGAUUGGAAUGGCAUUGACCAAGUUGUUCUUAGAAACCCACAUGGAGCUUCAGCUAAAAUUAGUUUACAUGGAGGACAAGUGAUUUCAUGGAGGAAUGACUUAGGGGAAGAGCUUCUUUUCACUAGCAACAAGGCUAUAUUCAAACCACCAAAAUCAAUGCGUGGGGGGAUUCAGAUUUGUUAUCCACAGUUUGGAGAUUGUGGAUUAUUGGAUCAACAUGGUUUUGCAAGGAAUAAAAUCUGGGUAAUAGAUGAGAAUCCACCUCCACUUAACUCAAACGAAACCAUUGGAAAAUCAUUUGUUGAUCUUCUUUUGAAACCAUCAGAAGAAGACUUAAAGCAUUGGCCUCACAGUUUCGAGCUCCGUCUUCGGGUUUCGCUUGCUGUAGAUGGCGACUUAACAUUGACUUCUCGAGUUAGAAACAUAAAUGGGAAGCCUUUUAGCUUCUCAUUUGCAUACCACACUUACCUCUCUGUCUCAGACAUAAGUGAAGUGAGGAUUGAAGGGUUAGAGACAUUGGACUACUUGGAUAACCUAUGCAAAAGAGAGCUUUUGACAGAACAAGGCGAUGCAAUAACCUUUGAAUCUGAGAUGGACCGGACUUACCUUAGAUCGCCAAAGGUAGUUGCAGUUCUUGAUCAUGAAAGAAAAAGAACUUAUGUGAUUGGAAAGGAAGGACUACCAGACACCGUGGUAUGGAAUCCAUGGGAUAAGAAAUCGAAAACAAUGGCGGAUUUUGGGGAUGAUGAGUACAAAAGCAUGCUGUGUGUGGAUGGUGCAGCAGUUGAGAGGCCAAUCACAUUGAAGCCAGGAGAAGAAUGGACCGGCCGACUUAUGUUAACUGCAGUUAAGUCCAGUUUCUGCAUGGAUCAACCCGAAUUACAGAGCAAAGGAUUCUGA